ACCACACACGCGAUGCCCUAAUUGAAAAGAAGUUUGACGCCCCGCCAAAAAUUCAGUGCGCCUUCUUCUUUUUCUCUUUUGCUCUCUCAACCCAACUAACCCCUCCAGCAUCUAACCGUAAGCACCAGAUUCCUGGGAGAUAUCGCAAAGAUGUCGAAAAUUACGGUCGCCAACGUCCGCACUCAGGUUGCUGAGUUGCUCGAGUACUCCCUCGAGACCAAGAAGCGCAACUUCCUUGAGUCUGUCGAGCUCCAGAUCGGCCUCAAGAACUAUGACCCCCAGCGUGACAAGCGUUUCUCCGGCACCGUCCGCCUGCCCAUCGUUCCCCGCCCGAACAUGAGCAUCUGCAUUCUCGGUGACCAGCACGAUAUCGACCGUGCCAAGCACGGUGGUGUUGACGCCAUGUCCGCCGACGACUUGAAGAAGCUCAACAAGAACAAGAAGCUCAUCAAGAAGCUCGCUCGCAAGUACGACGCCUUCGUCGCCUCCGAGACCCUCAUCAAGCAGAUUCCCCGUCUCUUGGGUCCCGGUCUGUCCAAGGCCGGCAAGUUCCCCACCCCCGUCUCCCACGCCGACGACCUCUCCGGCAAGAUCAACGAGGUCAAGUCCACCAUCAAGUUCCAGCUGAAGAAGGUUCUCUGCAUGGGUGUCGCCGUCGGCAACGUCGGCAUGACCCAGGAGCAGCUGAUCGCCAACAUCAUGCUGGCCAUCAACUACCUCGUCUCCCUGCUGAAGAAGGGCUGGCAGAACGUCGGUAGCCUUACCAUCAAGGCUACCAUGUCUCCCCCCAAGCGCCUCUACUAAGCGUCUUCUUUUCUACGAUGACGCCUGUGCUAGAGCGCCGCCGCUGGGGUUGGUUAUGUCGAUGGCUUAGCUGCCUGUUCGCAUAAAGAAAACUAUGCCAAGGCGGGACGAAGAUCACGGGCAAUCAUAGGAAGCUCUGCGCAAGGAUUAGGAGCCGGUCAAUACUAUUCUUCCUUUUCCACA